AUGGAGCGUCUGUGGCUCCUUGCUACCUGUGCAUGCCUCGAGCUGCACGCCAAGAGCCGCGUCGAGAUCUGGGCGGCCGGAGGGGACACAUUCUUGUCCGUGACCGGCUAUGAACGCGAGCACGCAGCCGACGAGGCGCAGUGGGUCAUUCCCAUGGGCGGCGAUGCCGGCCAUGUCCAUCAGUGCGAGCAUAAGCUGCGCAGCUGCCUGCGCCGCCUCUCGCUGCUCGACCGCGAGUUCCGGCUCGGGGGCAGUGUGAAGCUUUACACGAACCCCGACCGCUCCCAUGCACCGCAGUACCAGAGCAAAGUCGAGUGGCUGCUAGGCACCGACGCCUGCUACGAGAUACCCAAGCACGACCUGCACUGCUUCGGCAUUGUCCCUCGGCGUGCCAUGCCCGAGACGCCACGCAUCGACGCGUGCUUCAACGAGCUGCUCGCACAGCUCGAAGCCUACACCCUCCCGCUGUACCAUUCUGACAUGGACGCGUCGGACGCGUCGCCGCCCUCCCCCGAGAUCUCGCCGCUGCUCUCGCGCAUGCGGUGCUCGUCGUCUGCCGAGCAAACGGUCCCCCCCGCGGCGCACACACGGUCUUCUUUCAUGUCAUCGAUGCCAUCUGCGUCUACGUAG